AUGAUUAGCUGUUAAUAAAAUUAUCAAAACAACAAGUAAAAUGAUGAUGAAACCAUUAAUAAUAAAAUUGACAUUAUCAAUUAGUUAUUUAAGCAGAUGAAUUUAAAAAAAAAGGAGGAAAUCAAGGAAACUACCCAUACACGUAAUAUUACAUCUGAUUCCAUUGAAAUACCAAUCUAUGAAGUCCCAGUUAAACCUUAAUAGUUAAAUAAAACAUCUUCUGAGUUUUAAUCUUAUCUAAAGAGAAAAUAAUAAGCCAAGACUAUUGACAGAGUUUCUGAAUUUAACAAUUAAGAAAAUUAAUUAGAAGUAGAAAAAGAUGAAGAUCUAUUAACAGAAAUUCGCCCCUUUUGCGAUUAGAGCAGAAACACACUAAGAGAAUACUCUUUUAAGCCUAAUUGUGUCUUUCAAUAACAUUAAAGCAAUCAAACUUUAAAACUGAGCACUCUUUAAUCACAAUAAUAGUCUUGUAGUUAAUUAAGAAAUAAGACUGAUAAUACCAUUGAUAUUAAUAGUCAUAAAAAUUAGUUAUGUAAAAAUAUGUCACACAGAGAUAUGAAUAAAGCCUAAAAAAACAAAUAAAUUAUAGAAUAAGCAUAUGAAACCUUUGUAGAAAAGAAACCUGCUAGCAAAUCUCCUGGUAUUAAAUAGUAAUAACAGCUGAACCUUUUAAAGAAUAAUUUUAAGCAUAAGAUUAAUUAACUGCUGUCAUCCACUCCAGAAAAAAAAUUUAGAUUGUAAGCAACAAUCAAAAAGAAUUACUUCAUUAAUUGA